AUGGCGUUUUUGCACUACAGCUCCGCGCUGGACUCAGAUUUUGCCAAUCGGCGCCGUAUUCAGCUCGCGAAAAGGGUAGCCAAGUACGCGGCAAGCCAGGUAGCGUCCCAGCCAGGUAAACGCAUAUUCAACCCCGACAACAGGCCAAAGAACGCAAACAAACGCAACGGUAUCUUGGAAAAUUCAUACGAACGGUGGAUCGGUAAUGGGAGCCCCUCAUUGGUCGAGCGCGAGGCCCCUGAAAAAGCUCAGGCCUACUCCAAUGAGGAUGCCGAGCUACAGACUCUUAUCUGUGGCGACGAGAUUAUUCCAUCUCAAACUGGAAUAGCGCGCAGUCACGUGAACGCUAGAGGCUCGCUCCAGAGCCAUGUAAGGAUGUUGAAUACCCUGUUACAUAUAAACCUGACGCAGGGCAGGUGGGAGACCAGCUACCGCAUCUUUGCCCUCCUGGUGCGGGUUUAUGGCACAGACACCCGGGAGAUGUGGCCUGUAGGGUUGGAGAUUCUCAAGAGACUAAACGAAAAGGAGACAGGGUGUGAGGACGACCCCGUAAAAGCACGGGCGCGCGCCAAUGAUGGGGUGCCAAGACGCUAUCAGCCCAAGAUCUACCGGUUUCUGCGAUUUCUCCAGAACUCGCACGACACAAAAUCGUCGGAGAUUGUGGGACGAUAUCCAUAUCAGGUUGUCGAUAACGCGCUGGAUAAGCGGCUUGACGAGGACGCAGACAAGAAGGACUAUCAAACACACCAUUUUCUGAGACUGGAGACUGCACCUUUGUUCAAGUCGGGCUCCAAAACACAUCUCGCGAUGUAUAUAGUGUCGUUGCUAUGGGAACUAACGGUUGCUGGGCAACAGACACAAUUUUACGAGCUCGAGGAAAUGCUGAAGCUGAACUUCUCAGGUGAGAGUUUUGUGAUCCGGUACCUCAGGGGGAUCAACAAGGUGCGCGAAGGACUCAAGCUGGAGCGGGACGGCAAGUCAGGCGCCGAGGAUGCCAUCAACGAGGGCGAGGCCAUUUUGCGGGAAAUGGAUCUCGGAUAA